AUGGGCAAAGGCGGGCGAUUUGCGUGCAUUUUCCUACCUUACAUUCUCUCAAUCGGAACACUUGUAUGCCUUGCUCUAGUCGGUCUGGGAUGCUACAACACUAGCACUCUUACAGAUGUCUACUUUGCAAAGGUUGAUAUGAAAGAUCUCAAUACCUCCCCGUCUGGGCUAAAUAGUCGGCUACAACCUCUUGCACAUGGCCUCGAGCAGGCUAAAGCCAAAGGCGAGAUUCAUGACUUCUACAUCGUCGGUAUGUGGAACUAUUGUUAUGGUGACAACAAGAACGGAGCGGACCACGUCACCCAUUGUUCUCCUCGACAGUCGAAGUUCUGGUUCAACCCUGCCGAAGUCUGGGGCGUCGAUGAUACCAUCGAACAGCUCUACCCAUCGACCCUGCAGAAGGGCCUAAACACCUAUAAGAAGGUCGCCGGAUGGAUGUUCGUUGCAUACGCCGUUGCCAUCUCUGCCUCCGCCGUUCAGCUUCUGGUCGGAAUUUCAGCCAUCUUUAGCCGAUGGGGUAGCUUUUUCACCACCCUCGUUGCCGCAGUUGCUGCCGUAUUCACCAUUGGCUCUGCCGCCACCGCUUCCGUCCUCUACGGUAUCCUUGUCGGAGCUAUCAAAACGGGCCUUAAGCCAUUCGACAUCAAGGCCAGCGUCGGCACCCGCAUGCUCUCCAUCUACUGGUUAGGAGCCCUCUUCACGCUUGCUGGUGGAUUCUUCUGGCUCCUCAGCGUCUGCUGCUGCUCCGGCCGCUCUCCAUACGGCCACCGCGAUAACCGACGUGGCAUUACUGCCGAAAAGGCUCCUUACACCUACGAACGUGUUGCUAGUCCAUAUGGUGUGCACCCUGGGUCUUCCGUCCCCAUGCACAACAUGCCCUCUCACCACGCCCAAGACACUGCCUACGAGCCUUUCAGACAUGAUCAGCGCGCAUAA